AUGUUCACCGGCAUAGUCGAAGAGAUCGGAGAGGUGACAACCUACACCCCCAACGACCCCCUCUCCAAAAAUGGCACAACCCUCACUAUCACCCUCCCGUCCACUUCCUCUCUCCUCUCCGACUGCAACCUAGGCGACUCCAUCGCCGUCAACGGCGUCUGCCUCACCGUAACCUCCUUUACCCUGUCCCCCUCCGCUCAAUUCACAGUCGGCAUCGCCCCCGAGACUCUCCGCCUAACCAACCUCGGCUCCCUGCGGCCCGGUUCGCGCGUCAACCUGGAAAGGGCCGUGCGCGCCGACACCCGCAUGGGCGGGCACUUUGUUCAAGGCCACGUGGACACGGUGGCGGAGAUAAUCAAGAUCACGCCCGACGGCGAGGCGCUCACGUUCCGCUUCAGGCCGAAGAACAGGGAGGUGCUCAAGUAUGUGAUCUGGAAGGGGUUUAUCGCUUUGGACGGGACGAGUUUGACGGUUACGGCUGUGAAUGAUGACGAGGGCUGGUGGGAGGUUAUGUUGAUUGCGUAUACCCAGGAAAGAGUGGUGGUUGCGGGCAAGAAGGUGGGCGAGACGGUUAAUGUGGAGGUGGAUAUGACGGCGAAGUAUGUGGAGAAGAGUCUGAGGGGGUAUUUGGAGGGGUUGCUUGGGGGUUCGGGUUCGUCGGAGGCAGGACAGGGAGAGGAAGGGGCACAGAAGGGGAAGGGGUUGUUGGAGAAGAUUGUGGAGGGGAUUGUUAAGAAGCAAGGGUCUGCUUGA